AUAGACAAUGAAUCCGGAAGAGACGGCAUCCUUCUUGUCUCGGGUGACCUUUUGGUGGUUCAAUUCAAUGAUAUUUAAAGGAUAUAAGAAACCAUUGGCCACCGAAGACAUGUGGUCGUUGAGUGAUGACAAUAAAACCGGUUCAAUACUUAGAGCUUUUGAUAAGAUAUGGAUUCCUAGCGUCGAGAAAAACAAAGAAGAGUCGGCAAAGAGGGCGUCGGACGGCGAGACAACUGUCACCCAAAUAAGUCUCUUAAACGGCAUAAUAAAGACCUAUUGGCCGGGAAUGCUAUUGGUUGCCAUCAUUAAACUGAUAGCCAGUGCCCUUACAUUCGUGAAUCCCAUGCUUUUGGACAAACUUAUAAACUUUAUGUCUCCCAUGAGUAGUGAACCCGAAUGGAGGGGUUAUCUGUACGCCUCUCUCAUGUUUAUAUCGCCAUUCUUUGAGUCCCUCCUUAAUAGUCAAUACGAAUAUAGAAUCAAUACAAUUAGUAUGAGAAUCAGAGCCUGUGUUAUAUCCAGUAUAUAUCAAAAGAGUCUAAGGCUUUCGAGUUCGGGUCGAAAGGACUUUACGUCCGGCGAAAUAGUGAACCUAAUGUCUGUCGACUCCCAGCGUAUCGUCGAGUUUAUCAAUAUGUUUAACCACUUAUGGUCGGCACCCCUACAGAUCAUAUUGGGAUUAGUGCUGUUGUGGCAGCAGUUGGGUGUGGCCACUCUGGCCGGCAUGACAUUGAUGCUGGUGUUGGUGCCCUUCAACGCCUAUAUCACCACCAAAAUGAGAUUCGUUCAAAUGGCUAUUAUGAGGGAAAAGGAUAAACGUGUUAAGUUGAUGAGCGAAAUACUAAAUGGCAUUAAAGUGCUUAAACUGUACGCUUGGGAGACAUCGUUUAGAGAUCUGGCCAUGACUUACAGAUCCAAAGAGUGUCUGUCACUCAAGUCGAUGGCUUAUCUCAACGCAGCCAUGGUUUUCACGUUUAGCGCCGCACCGUUUUUUAUCGGUUUAGCAAGCAUUCCGAUGGGAUUCUUGCCAUUAAUAUUAUCGAUGGGAGCGAUGUUCUUAGUGUCGAUGCAGAGGAUCGACAAAUACCUGAACGGCGAUGAGAUCGACGAAAAGGCCAUUUCCCACAACGAAAACAUCAAAUCUCCGGUCGUUAUCGAAAACGGAUCUUUCAGUUGGAGUAAAGGCGAGAGU